UUGGCUCGCUAGUUCGUCCGCAGCGCGCAAAAACGUUGUCCAUCGCCUAUAUAAUUUUAGAAUCUAUUUUUGUUUAUAAAUAUCAAGUACCUAUAUGUAGGUACAUGUACUAAAAGCAGAAAUUUGCAAAACAGUUACCAGAAAAAGUUAAGAAUACUUAAAAUUGGCAAUUAAAAAGCUACGUUUUUCUUGCCUUCUCCAAGUGAUGUAACCACGAGGAAUACGAAUCCUCUUCUGCUCUUUUCUGCGUCGCAUUUUGUUUACUUCUUGGGGCGAAAAACCAAAACAGAGACAUGUCGAAGAAAUGCACUGUGAGAUCGCUGAGCGACAGCGCUUUGGCGGAACUGGCCAACCUACUGGUGUCCACCAUAAGUUAUGUGCAAUAUGCCCCGGAUGUCCAUCUGGACAUUAAUAUCGUGAUGGUGGAGCUAAACGAGUAUUUGGCCCAGCUGGGAGCCACGUCGAAUAUUUAUCAGGAUCUGCUCAGGGUGAUCCUCAGUUCGGAUUACCUGGACGCCAACAUGAGGUUCACCUGCCUGCAGAUGCUGCUCAACUGCGGGGUGACUUUUCUGAUGACCGAGGUGUUUCCCUUUAGCUAUUACGAGAAAAUUCUACAGGUGAUUGCAGCCCAAGGAGCUGGAUUGCGGGUGUUAAAUAUCAAAGGAAUCUGGGUUAAGGAGGAGCACAUGCACUACAUGUACGACAUAGUGAGGAAAUGCAAUCAGCUUGUCAAGCUAUAUGUGCCAUAUAUAGCCAACGAUCGGUUGCUGGAGGAGAUUGGGAAGUGCUGUACGCGUUUGCAGAUUUUGGACAUUUCCGGCGAGACUGAUAUUACGGAAAUCGGCAUUGAUUUUCUGGCCAAGGGCGUCUGCUCGCAAUCCCUCACGGUGGUGGAUGUGGGAAUGCCGGGCGAGGAGAAUAUCUGCUACUCGGAUAUUGCCCUGAUCCUGGAGCAUUGUCCCCAAGUCGAGACCCUAUCCACCUACUCCUUUGUCGGGGCCUCCUUGAAGUUUAUCUACGAUAAUAUCGACGAUAGGUUCAAGUGCCGCUUGAAAUAUAUCCAUGACACGGGCACCGAUGAAGCCACCUUGCAGGUGAUCAUGCAAACGUGUCCCAGGUUGGAAACCCUAUAUCUGGACUCCCCGAAGACUGGAAGCCUGAGGGCGCUGCACACACGUAAUUUGAGGAAACUGAAGAUCUACAAAUUCGUGGUGGCCGAGUUACUGCCGCUGCUGGAGCGACCAAUUGGCAGGAAUCUGCGACAUCUCACGAUGAUCAAGGGUUUGGGGAACCUCGACCUGGGGAAGUUGGCUCGUCUUUGUCCCUCGCUAAUCGAUCUCGACUGCUACAUGAUCGACAGUCUGUCCUACGCACAGGGACACGCAAAAUUCCAGCAGCUGGAGGGUCUGGAGAUCCUAAGUAGCGCCAUCAUGACCAGUUCUUUAAAGGCCUUCCUCUGCAAUUCCACGGAUCUGAAGAGAUUGGCUGUGGACACGGUGGACUUUACGGAUGAGGAUAUAAUUAGCAUGUUUAUGCAACAUGAUUUUAAAGUUCUAGAGGAUGUUUGGUUUACUUUGGCGCCAGAGCUUACAGUGCAAUCUGUCGAGUUACUAAUGGACAGUUGUCCAGAACUGCAGUCCGUGGGUCAAUUAACCGGCUGGUCCUUAACGCCCGAUGAUUUGGCGCUGAUUCGAGGACUUUUAAAGAGCGGCAAUUCGAGCAUUGUACUGACACCAAACGGUUUUCUAGCUUGACGCCUUCAGUAGCCCUAUUGCUGCUGUCUCCUUCCCGCCAAGAGGAGCAAACUUUGUUGUGAACAAAUCAAAUGUUGUGUAUUCUAAUGUGCUUGUGAUAUUAUAAAAAUAAACUUGUUUGAAUGUA